AUGGCUGAAGGGGACAAUGACAUAUUUGAAAUGCCAACUCUCGGAAGGCCGCUCCGCACAGGGAUGUUGUAUGAUCGACGCAGUGACACUUUCAUCCCAGGUGUCACCUUAUGGGACUUGGAUGACCUCUUGAAGAACCUUGAUGUCCGACCCAAGCCCAACACAAACUUCAGCAUUAUUUGUUCAGACUCCAUUGAGGAGAAAGCGAGCCACUUAAAUGUUGAAGCCUCACUCAAGGCCAGCUUCCUGGGGGGACUGGUAGAGGUGGGCGGCUCUGCCAGAUAUUUGCAGGACAGCAAGUCAUCAAAGCAGCAAGCCCGAGUCACCUUGAAUUAUCAACAACACAUUUGCACCUUGAAUUAUCAAGCAACAACCCGCUUUGAGCAGCUGACUAUGAGACAGUUAGGUCCCAAGAAUAUUGCCUACCCAUCUGUCUUUGAACAAGGUUCAGCGACUCAUGUUGUCACCGCCGUGUUAUACGGGGCUCAGGCAUUCUUUGUGUUUGACCAGGAAUAUUCCUGCAAUGACAACAAGCAUGAAGUAGAAGGCAACCUACAGGUGAUGAUUAAAAAGAUCCCAUUCCUCAGUAUCGAGGGAAAGGGUUCCUUGCAACUCUCAGAUGAUGAAAAUAAAAUUGUUAAGAAGUUCAACUGCACAUUUCAUGGUGAUUUUAUGCUCAUUCGGAACCCAGUGAGCUACCAAGAUGCCCUGAAUGUUUAUUCAACACUCCCUGAGUUACUGGGCGAUGAUGGAAGGAAUGUGGUACCCCUCAGAGUCUGGUUAUAUCCUCUGAAGAUGUUGGAUUCAAAAGCUGCCCAAAUUGUGCGAGAGGUUAGUGUUGGACUGGUCAAUUGGUGUCAGUUACUCUUUGACCAGUUUCUUGACAUAGAGAUGAGAUGUAAUGAUCUUAUUAAAAGCGUAGCUGCCAGAGAAUUCUCCAAGAUAAAGGUAAAAAUCCUCAUGUUCAAGGGAAUGUGCCUAGAAUACCAAACUAUCUUUAAGAAAGACCUGGGGAAAGUGCUGACAUCUAUCCGGGGAACAGGAGAAGAGGAAAGUCGUCUAGCCAAUAUUUUGCAACAGAGAGAGCAAUCACCAUUCAGCAACAAAUCACUGACAGCUUGGAUGGAGAAGAGGGAGAAGGAGAUAAACACAGUGGGUGGAUACCUAACUAUGUUUCAAGGUGUAGAUGUUCUGACCUCCAGCCAAUUGGACAAGUACUUGACAGAUCCAAUGGUUGAACAUGUUGUCUGCUUCACCUUCACUUCAUUGUGGUAUGAAGAUAUCUAUUUUCAAGAACUAUCCAACUACCUCAAGACCUCAUGGUCUUUAACAGUAUCAGGCCACACAUCGCAAACUAACACAAGUCAACCGAGUGAAGAUUGGUUCUCUCUCGGAUCAAUCUCCCAGCAAAUGAGGAAACAGGCAAAGCUUUUUCUGCAGUUUAUCCAGUCCAAUGCAUCCUUUAUGAAAAGCACAAACUUGAGGAGCUGCUGCAAGAUUGCAAUUGCCUCAGUAGAUGACAAGAAUAUUACUGGAGCCUCAAUUUUUCUGUAUGAGCAAGGAAUAUUGAUAAAUAAGGAAUUCAAGCCACAGAAACUGGACACCCCAGAGAUCAUUGGGACAAGUGACAACAGUGUGACAUUGAAACUCAAGGUUCCUGAAGAUAACACUGGACUGGGACUGAUGUUCCUGGUGGAAUUUAGGUGUAUCCAAGACGAGGUUUGGUCCUGGAAGUGCACGCAGGAUUCUUCUGAAACCUUCACGGUGACAGGAUUACAGCCACACUGUCAGUACCAGUUCAGGGCUGCUCAUAUACACAAGUCAUUCAUAGGCUUAUUCAGUGAUCCCACUGUCAGUGUCCUCACUACUACUUCUCACGGGCUUUCAGCAUCCAAAGCUCCUCCUGUGCGAGUUGGUGAUGGUGCAAAUAUUGAAUAUCAAAAAGGUGGUGACCAGUGGGGACCACAAAGUUCGGUGCUGGGACGGCAGCUGUUUACCAUAUACAUUAAUGAUAUAGAUAAAGGUAUUGAACGUAAUAUUAGCGAAUUUGCUGAUGGCACAAACCUGGAUGCCAGGGUGAAAUGUAAAGUGGAUGUUACAAGAAUACAGGGUGACUUGGACAGACUAGAAUGGCCUCCUGCCCCAUGGUGCUGUGGUCAGCCGGCCAUCGUCCCCACAGCUCUAUUCCUCAUCUUCACAAGCAGCAAGUCCCCCAUACCUGUUGGCUACGGUCAAGAGCUGAGGCUCCUCUUCCUGGAUCCCGCUGCAUGCCUCACUUGCAGUCACACCCGGCUGUCCAUUGUCACUGACUGGAUUUGA